AUGGAUGGAAAGGAUUUAGGAAAAGAAGGUUUUGAACAUUUACUUUUGAACCAUAUUAUGAAUUUUCUGGAUAAUGUGUCUGGCUGUCAUAUAAAUAGGCUAGUGAUUAGGUGGCAGCAUGUUAAAGGUGGUAUGAAAUUGCAAUCUGUAAAUGACUUUUUUGAAGAUAUGAAUAAUAAAGGAGCUGUUCAGGUGAAUGAUAAAAAGGAAGCUCAAGUUGUAGUCUUAGAUGGUAGUGAUCGAAGUCUUGCCGCAGCAGCCACAGCACUUAUUACAGAAUCUGCAUUAAGUGAUGUGUCAAGUGCAGAACCUGCAAAUCAAGUUUCAUCCAAUAAAUUAAAGUUCAUAACAUGGAAUAUAGAUGGACUUAAUGAGAAAAAUCUAAAAUUAAGAACCAAGGCAAUUUAUAAGAAUAUUUUAAAUGAGCAGGCUGAUAUUGUGUUCUUACAAGAAGUUAUUCCUGAAUCAGCAGCGUACUUUUUAACUCAUCUGACUGAUUAUCAUUGUUUGUUUGGAAAUGAAGUUGGUUAUUUUGUGGGAAUUCUUUUAAAAAAGUCUACAGUAUCAUAUUCUAAAUAUGGUGUAAUAGAUUUUCCUAAUACGAGAAUGAUGAGAAAUGCUUUGCGAGUAAAAAAAGAGUAA